AUGAGCACUAUAAAUCCGCUGCUGAAGAUCGGCCUUCAAUUCAUCGGUGUCUGGCCGAAUGUACGGUAUGCCUCCGUUUAUCGACUAAUUUAUAUCUUGAGCAUACUGAUCUUGCAAUAUUUUCAAUAUCUGUACAUAUACUCUCAUUUUAAAUUGAGCGAGCUGCCGAAUCUCGUGGAUGGUCUGCCCGUGGCUAUACAAUACACUUUAACGGCUUCUAAAUUAACAGCACUUUGGAUUCGGCGUCGCGUAGUUUACCAGGUACUGACAGCUAUGGACGAUGAUUGGUGCGUGUCCAUGCACGUCGAGCAACAUUUGCGAAUGAUGGCGACGAAAGCGGACAAAUCGCAUUUACUCUGUAACACUGUAUUCAGCUUAACUACGAUCGCCGGGGUGCUUUACCUCUUGGGCGAUUACGCGUUUCGUUUUCUGCAUUUGGCGGAGGACGUCAAUGUUUCCUCACGGCAUUUUCCUGUCAAGAUACAAUUUCCUUUUGAACAGGCCGAGCAAUCGCCGAUCUAUGAGCUGCUCUUCAUAAUAUUAUUUGUACACGGUAUGGCAAAUACGUGCACGAUCGCUACUUUGGACACGCUGAUUGCUAGCCUGGUGCUUCAUGCAAGCGGACAAAUCGAUAUCAUAUGCCACGAGUUGCGAAAGAUUUCUGGAGACGCUACCUUUUAUGAAUCUUCCAUGUGGAGAAUAGGAAUGCUGGUUGAACGGCAUAAUAGAGUAAUCAAAUUUUCCGAUAAGAUUCAUCAGAUUUCUUCCAUUGUAACGUUAAUGCUCGUUAUUUGCAAUACCUUGAUUAUCGUUUACUUCGGAUUCCUUAUCGUAAUAUCUGUUCAUGGUGACACCAGUAUCGGGUUAUUGGUGAAAGCUGCUUUUUCUUGCAGCGUCAUACUCACGGAAAUCUUUAUAUUUUGCUUCGCCGGGGAAUAUCUUAGUUUUAAGAGUACAUCAAUCGCCGAUGCUGCCUACGAUUCGUUAUGGUACGAUAUACCGCCUAAUCAAAGCAGAAUGAUGUCAUUAAUGAUAAUGAAAUCUCAAAGGGAAAUUACGCUCACGGCAGGUGGACUCGCGAAUUUAUCCUUGGAAACUUUCACGACCAUCAUGAAAACGUCAGCGUCAUAUGUGUCUGUCAUGCUUGCAAUAUAUUGA